AUGGCGUCCUCCAAGGGCUCCUGGGCCGCACUCGCAUUGCUCCUCCUUGUUGUUCUCGCGUCCACGGCCGUAAAUGGCGACCACAAGCUCUCCGCCGGGUACUACGACAAGACGUGCCCCAACGUGCAGCGCGUCGUGCGGCAGGUCAUGGCGUACAAGGUCGCCGGCGAGCCCGCCGUCGCACCCGCCAUCCUCCGCCUCUUCUUCCACGACUGCUUCGUCAACGGAUGCGAUGCCUCCGUUCUCCUGGACGGCACGUACUUCUCCGAGAGCGAGAAGGACGCGCGGCCCAACGCUUCCCUCCGAGGCUUCGAGGUGAUCGACGAGAUCAAGUCCGUGCUGGAGCACGACUGCCCGGCCACCGUCUCCUGCGCCGACGUGCUCGCCCUGGCGUCCCGGGACGCCGUCGCCAUGCUCGGAGGGCCCGCCUGGAGCAUGCCCCUCGGCCGCAUGGACUCUCGCACCGCCGACAGGGACGGCGCCGAGAACCUCCCCAGCCCACACGACAACUACACCUCGCUCGUCUCGACGUUCAGGGAGCGCGGCCUCGACGCCCGCGACAUGACCGCGCUCUCCGGCGCGCACACUGUAGGGAUGGCCAACUGCGAGAACUACAGGCGCCGCAUCUACGGCACCGACGGCGACACCAACAUCGAUCCCUCCUUCGCGGAGACCAGGCGGCAGACGUGCCCCGACGGUGACAAUGAGGGUGGCAUGGCGCCAUUUGACGAGCAGACGCCGAUGACAUUCGACAACGCCUACUACAAGGAUCUGAUCGCGCGGCGUGGCCUCCUCAGCUCCGACCAAGCACUCUACGGCUCGGGCGGGCGGCAGGACAAUCUUGUGGAGAUGUAUAGCAGGGACGGUAAGAGGUUCGCGAAGGACUUCGCCAAGGCCAUGGUAAAGAUGGGGAACAUACGCCCGUCCAAGGGGACCACGGUGGAGGUCAGGCUCAAUUGCAAGAUGGUCAACUAG